AUGGCGCGUCCUCCACCCAAGGAUCGUGCUCCGCCGUUGCCGAAGCGUGCUGCAGUCACUGAUGCUACUUCGGGUCCUGAAGAUAAAGGGAAGCAAGUGGAGGAGAAUGAGCCGGUUACCCCAGUUGCGGGAAGCUCUGGUUUAUCCCUGGAAGAGAAGCUUGCUGCACUCACCUUAGCGCAUGAUGGUGGCAGUGAUGAUGACUUCACUGAUGAUGACUCCGACACUGAACUGGAUUUUGAGAUCUCCAAGGACUCCGUCGCGAAGCUUCGUUAUACGGCCAUUCUGCUUCUGCCUUUGGUGCCGCAACCGGAAAUGGCUUCGGUCAUCAUCACCGUGCAGAUGCUGCUGAAAUGUGUUUUGUCCUCUUUGCUCUAUGACGGCGCUAACACGAAGGCGCACCAGGAGAGCACUCGGAUUGAUAGAGCGCUGGUGUCUCGCUCCCUGCUUCCGCGUCUUAUCUCGACCUCACAUGUUAUGCCGGAGGAGCCGGUUUCGGAUCAUGACUUCGCGGUGCGUGUGGUCUUCAGAGUUAAGAUGCAAGUGCGGACCGGUCCCGGUUUAUGGCGAAUGCACCCGUCCACGUUGGGCAGACUUGGAGCUCGGAAAAUAACUGAGGAGGUGGAACGUUCGGUGACAGAAAAGGGCGGUGGUUUUGAGGCGCUUAUCUCCCGUCUGAAUACCAGCCUUCGUGCAUACGCAAAGGAAGAGAGCAAGCGGAUUAGAGCAACGGUUAAUCAUCUUGCAUUGUCAGUCGCUGAGCUCAAGCAAGCUGCUAUGGGCAAUCCUAAAGAUCAGUUGUUACGAGAGAAGCUGCAAAAGUGUGAGCGGCAGCUGAAAGAGUAUCAUGCAUGUCGGCGGGAGAGAGCUCACCACAUGGCGGGCAUGGCAAAUGAACUUGUCGAGGAGGUCCCCUCUCCUCACUUGUCUGCGCGGAUUAAGAUCUUGGAGGCGGCAUCGAGCUACUAUUGGGAUCUCUUUGGGGAGGAUAAAAGGACAGCGGUCUCGUCCUGGGUUCCAGCAGUGGGGAGGAGGCUCUGGUUCUUGGACGCAGAAUGCCUGCAGGUGGAUUGGACCGAGGAGGAGGUGAAGCGGGCCCUCAAGGAGAUGGCAUGUAAUAAGACUCCGGGGAAGGAUGGAAUUCCGAAGGAGCUCUUCGAGCAGAACUGGGAUGUGCUGGGGAAACAUCUUAUGGCGUUGGUGAAGGAGUUCAUUGUCACGGCCAAGCUCCCGACCAGUGUCAAGGAUGCGGUGACUAUACUCCUGCACAAGAAGGGAGCGAAGGAGCAGUUAGAAAAUUAUCACCCGAUUACGAUGUUAAAUUUCAGCUACAAGGUGCUGGCGCAAGUCAUGGCGAGCAGAAUCAAGAGAAUACUGCACAAAGUGAUUUCGCCGGAGCAGUUUGGUUUCAUACAUGGGAGGAGAGUUUCGGAUGCUGUUGGGCUGGUUGCGAACAUUAUUGAUGCGGCCAAAAAUGGCAAGGAGGAUUGGUAUAUGUUGCUGGUGGACUUCCGGAAAGCUUUUGACUCGGUGUCCUGGGAUUUUAUCUUCGAUAUCCUGCGGGAAAUGGGCUUCUCGGAGCGUUUUGUCGGAUGGGUGAAGGGCCUGCAUGAGAACACACGCACGAGUCUGUUAAUUAAUGGCUGGCUGGGAGAAGCGGUAGAUGUGGUGUCUGGUGUCAGGCAGAGGUGCCCGCUCGCUCCUUACCUGUUCCUCUGUGCGGUGGAGCCUUUAGCACGGGUGGUAGAGAAGCGGAAGGUUGGGAUCACUCUCUCCAGCUGUGCGGGUCAGCGGCUUGGAUAUGUCGGUUACGCUGAUGACACCACGCUUCUGCUGCAGGGGAAGCAACAAAUUAUCAGAGCAGAAGAAAUACUCGAGGAGUUCAAAUGCAUUUCAGGGCUGGAGACAAACACGGCAAAGUCAGUGGUGAUGCCGAUUGGGGCUAAUCUUGGCAAGAGAUCUUGGAGGACGGACAGCUUCCUGUGGGCUGAAGCGGAUGAAGUGGAGAAACUUCUUGGUAUCUGGGUUAUGCCGAGCGGGAGCUGUCAACCGACGUGGGAUAAGGCACUGGAAAGGAUUGUGGGGAAACUGUCGCUCUGGCAGCCGCAGUACCUCCCGAUCAAGGCAAGAAGGGCACAAGGAGCUGCUGUACACACCGGUGAUGGAAGGAGGGGUGGGGGCAAAAGACCCGGAGGCGAUGCUUACCUGUUUCACGGCCAGAAGGAUUGGGACGAUUCUGACGGAGACUAA